CGUCGCCCACUUCUCGCCUUCUUACCCUCCAAAUUUUUUCUUCCGUUUUUUUAUUCUGCUGUGCCGUACGCCGCUGCGCCUCCCUUCCCCGUCGACUUCGACGCGAUUCGCGUGCCCGCCAUGGCGGACUCGCCGGUGGAGCUGCCGGGACGGCUCGCCAUACUGCCGUUCCGCAACAAGGUGCUCCUGCCGGGCGCCAUCGUGCGGAUCCGCUGCACCAACCCCAGCAGUGUGAAGCUGGUGGAGCAAGAACUCUGGCAGAAGGAGGAGAAGGGCCUGAUUGGGGUACUUCCUGUGCGGGACUCAGAGGCUGGAGCUGUUGGAUCAUUGCUGUCUGCUGGUGUGGGCAGUGAUUCAGGUGAGGGAGGCAGUAAGGCUGGUGGUUCUGCAGGAGAGUCAUCAAAGCAGGACACAAAGAAUGGGAAGGAGCCCAUUCACUGGCACAGCAAGGGAGUUGCUGCUAGAGCUUUACACCUUUCCAGAGGGGUAGAGAAGCCAAGUGGAAGGGUCACAUACAUUGUUGUUCUUGAAGGUCUAUGUAGGUUCAGUGUUCAGGAACUAAGUGCAAGAGGAUCAUACCAUGUUGCCCGUGUUUCACGCCUUGACAUGACAAAGACUGAAUUGGAGCAGGCGGAGCAAGAUCCAGAUCUUAUUGCUCUUUCUAGGCAGUUUAAAGCUACUGCCAUGGAACUAAUUUCUGUUCUAGAACAGAAGCAGAAGACGGUUGGUAGGACAAAGGUGCUUCUUGACACUGUUCCUGUUUAUAGGCUAGCUGAUAUUUUCGUUGCUAGCUUUGAAAUAAGCUUUGAGGAGCAGCUUUCCAUGCUGGAUUCGGUUGACUUGAAAGUUAGACUUUCAAAGGCAACUGAACUUGUAGACAGACACCUGCAGUCCAUCCUUGUAGCUGAGAAAAUAACGCAAAAGGUUGAGGGGCAGUUGUCGAAGUCGCAAAAAGAAUUUCUACUUCGCCAGCAGAUGAGGGCUAUCAAAGAGGAACUUGGUGAUAACGAUGAUGAUGAAGAUGAUGUGGUUGCAUUGGAAAGGAAGAUGCAGAACGCAGGAAUGCCUCCCAAUAUUUGGAAGCAUGCUCAAAGGGAAUUGAGGCGCCUACGAAAGAUGCAACCUCAGCAACCUGGAUACAGUAGCUCUCGAGCUUACUUAGAACUUCUUGCUGACCUUCCUUGGCAAAAGGUCAGUGAAGAAAGGGAGCUCGACCUUAGAGCUGCAAAAGAGAGUCUUGACCGGGAUCAUUAUGGACUAACAAAAGUUAAGCAGCGGAUUAUUGAGUAUCUGGCUGUUCGUAAGCUUAAACCUGAUGCCAGAGGUCCAGUUCUGUGUUUUGUGGGACCACCUGGUGUUGGGAAGACAUCUUUGGCUUCCUCCAUAGCAAAGGCCCUGAACAGAAAGUUCAUAAGAAUCUCUCUUGGUGGUGUGAAGGAUGAAGCUGAUAUCAGGGGUCACCGAAGG